GUUGGUUACAAUCGCUAGGGUUGAGCGUCGGGAGCAGCCUUCCACCCUCACUCGAUACGAUUCAUACCGACCGACGCUUGGCGUCUUUCCAGAGCCGUCGGUCUCUGGAGGUGUGGCGGGAAUCAACCCUGGGGAGGAAACUCAGCGACCGCUUCUGUACUGUAAUAUUUGCGAGCAACAGAACAUCCACCUCUCCACCCCCGAGAGGUCGCAAACCGUCAAAUUGCUAGUCGACCAUUCGAUGCUUAUCAGCGUCCCAGUCGUGUUUAUCCGCUUGUUGGCUUCGCGCACAAGUGGUCUCUCGCGAGCCUCUGGCCCAACUGUCAUCUAUCUUUCGGGAGUAUGAUAUUGUGAGUGUUAAAAUUAUCAAACAUUUAGUAGGUACUUUAAAUUUGUGAUAUCGAAACGAGAAAUUGAAGUGGCUUCGUAAAUGAUUCGUGGUUGUGCACUUGUCAUUUAAUAAGCGAUACAAAUUAAAAGUAUAUAUAAGACAUUAUCCCCGGCGUCAAGAAGACAGCCGCCAAGACGCGGUCCGACGAGAGCAACCCCGCGGAGCGCGGUUAUCCGACGGCGUCUCCUUGGCCGGCCUUAUCACUGCCGGCGCCUGAUCUGGACCCGGUAGCCGCCGCCUGGGGACGCAAACUUUAUCCUGGCACCGGCGGUCCACGAGUACCCGGACCUGGACUCAUGUUUGGAUUGCAUCACCAUCAAGAUGCGGCGGGCCUACACCACCAUCACCAACCACGUGGUCCCAGCCUUAAAGAGGAACCGCUCACCACCACGCGAGCGUGGAUGCAGCCAUCGAUGCAAGAUCAAAAUGGAAUUGGUGUAGGAAGAGCGCACUUCGAAAAGCAACCCCCAAGCAAUCUACGAAAAUCCAACUUCUUCCACUUUGUCAUCGCUUUGUACGAUCGGGCGGGGCAGCCCGUAGAAAUUGAGCGAACGGCGUUCAUUGGAUUCAUUGAAAAGGAUCAGGAAUCUGAAGGAACAAAAACGAAUAAUGGAAUUCAAUAUCGACUUCAGUUGCUUUAUGCUAAUGGUGUACGACAAGAGCAAGAUAUCUACGUGAGGCUUAUCGAUUCAGUUACUAAACAAGAAAUAUGGUUUGUGCUCUGUGUGUGCGUCCUGCAGAAGUCAGUCAUGCGAAAGUGUACCGGCGCGUGGUCCGACUCGAUAGUGAGGACGAAGAUGACGAGGACCUAG